AUGUCGACCCCCAGUCGUGCUCGUCGCUCGCACGGCGGAUGCUGGACAUGCAAGGCAAAGCAUCGCAAGUGUGACCGUACCCGUCCGACGUGCCAAGUCUGCACCGAGCAGGGAAUACCAUGCGACGGCUACGAAGUGCGUCUGCGCUGGGGAUCCGGCAUUGCAUCGCGAGGUCAUUAUACCGGGGCCGAGGCACCAGUAGAUACGUCGAUUCCGCCGAGGGUUCCUGGACGUCGGAGAGAUCGAAAUCGAGCUCGGCGGCGAGAACAGGAAGGGGAAAUACAGACGCAGGUGACUGAGGAAUCUUCGUCUCAAGAUUUUGCUCAAGAAGAUUUCAAACUUGGCCCAGUACCAUUCUAUUUGUCGGGCCCUGGUCAUGGCAAGGAUGAUGCGCAGCUCUUUCAAGAGUUUCUGUCAUCUGGCAUUAAUAUCCUGCAUUCAACUACAGUCCACGACGAACAGACCUUGCUGAAACCACGUCUUCCCGUACUAUGCCAACAAUCCGAAGCGCUGUAUCGAAUAUGCAUCGCUUUGCAAGCAUCACUAAACCGACAACCGGCCGCCUGUUCCCUCGAGUAUCUUGACCUCGGACUGAAUAAAUUCCGCGCGGAGCUUUCUAAGAGCGAGGACGAUCUAGAGGAUGGGACCUUGACAGCGGGACUACUCUUGUGUACGAUUGGAGUUAUGCACGGCAUUCCAUGGACAAUGCACCUCCGAGGGAUGUACAGCAUUCUUCGCAUUCACGAUGUUGACGGCCCACAAAAACACCAAGAACGAGAUGUAUUCCGCGCCCACCUCUUCGAGGUGAUGGGUAUCAUGGACCUCCCCACAUUUUCAAUCGGUCGUCGGCACCCGCAUCUUGGCUUCUGGAGACAGUACUGCUGCAAGGGCAACUCCCCCGCAGAGAUCGAGACCGGGGUUGAGGUUGUAACUGGCCUACCGAGGUCUCUGGUGACAAUCUUCGCCUUCAUUGGCGAGGGUACGACAGAGACAAGUUUUUGGGAUUGGCCGGGCGCAAAGGGAACCUUUAUGCAGUGUCAAUUGUGGGAGGCGUAUCGACUGGCUGGAGUGUUGGUUGUUCGACAUGGGGGACCAGGCUUCCCACGCCCUCCAGAUACAGAAGCAACGAAAGACCCGGCCAUGCAAAGAGGAGUCAUUCUCACUCCCACAAUGGUCAUAGUUUCGCGGCUCUUAAGCUCGGUGGAUGCCGUAUGUCGCGCCUCUCUAGACCCAGAACGCUGGGACACACUCAUCAUCAAUGCCAUUGCGUAUCCGGUCUGCGUCGCCGGGUUACAGAGUGAUAUUUUACAAAGGGAUCCGACAGUGAAGGAAUUCAUACGAAAGACCCUGCUUUUAACCGCCGAGAACCCAUAUUGGAAUAGACAAUACCGCCUUCUCCUGGACUUGCUCGAAGAGUACUGGACAUACCCAGUUGGAGCAGUUGAUAUUGAUCAGCUUGCACGGGCAAGGGGCAUAGAGUUGGGGUUAUUCUAG